AAAAAAAUAUAGAAACUCCACAAACACUGUUAAUCCGAUCGGCGGCGAAUCAUAUGAUAAACGACCAAAACCCUUAAAUCCCUAAACCGUUCCGCCACCUCCUCCAUCGCAUCUCCGCCGCAAUGAGCAAAACGACUGCCUUGUGCCGCGUCCUCCUCCGCCGCCGCACUCUCUUCACCAACCCGAGAUACUGCAGCCACACAUUCCGGCCCUCUCCUCCUCCGCCAUGCUCCAUUUUCGCCACUCAAAUCACUCGAAAUUACAGCUCCAAUUUCCUAGAUUUAUCCCCAACUGCCCGCCUCGCCGCUGCGGAGCGCGCGUUCGACGAGAUCGAAGAGCAAGCGACCAGGGAGAGGGAGGCGAACAGAAAAGCAGGGGUUGCGGUCGCCGGCGAUGAAGAUGAAGAGGAUUAUUUGGGAGUUGGUCCGCUUAUUGAGAGAUUGGAGAAGCGGAAUGCGAAAGAUAAGGUGUCCGAGCUGAAUCAACACGAGGAGGCGACUGAUUCGGAUUCUGAACCGGAAGAUGAGGAGGCAAUUAACAUGCGUUCGGAAAUGUUUGAGAAGAAGUUCAACCAGUUUGAGAAAUUCCUUGAUAAUUUUUCUAAAGCUGAAAACUUCGAUGAUGCAUUCAAAUGGAUGAAAAGAAUUGAUGAGUUUGAGGAGAAGCAUUUUGUGUUGAGGCCAGAGUAUCGGGUUAUAGGGGAGUUGAUGAAUAAGUUGAGAGUAGCUGAAGGAAAGGAUAAAUUUCUUCUUCAAGUGAAGUUGAAUAGGGCACUGAGACUGGCGGAGGCGAGGGAUGCCUUUGAUCCAAAUGAUCCAGCCAAUUAUGGGAUCAUCGAGCGUGAAGAUGUUGGUGCGUCUGUUGAUCGUGUUGAGGAGCGUGACAUGGAGGAGGAUCAAGAAGCUAAAGAAAUGGAAGGGAAAAUUGACAUAUUGGAGUUUGAUGAUCUGAAACAGAAGGAUAAUAAAUUUAUGGAAAAGAUCAAUGAAAUAGAUAAAAAACUUGAGGAGAAACUGGCAGAAUUGGAUUAUACUUUUGGAAAGAAGGGGAAACUAUUGGAGGAGGAAAUUAGAGAUCUUGCUGAAGAGAGGAACUCAUUGAUCGAACAGAAGAGACAGCCUCUUUAUAGGAAGGGUUUUGAUGUAAGGCUGGUCGAUGUGAAUAGAACAUGUAAAGUUACAAAGGGUGGACAAGUUAUCAAAUACACUGCAAUGUUAGCUUGUGGGAACUACAGUGGUGUUAUUGGUUUUGCUAAAGCAAAGGCACCUGCAGUUCCGAUUGCACUUCAAAAGGCAUAUGAGAAGUGCUUUCAGAAUCUGCACUAUGUAGAGCGGCAUGAAGAUCAUACAAUUGCACAUGCAAUUCAGACAUCGUAUAAAAAGACUAAGGUGUAUCUUUGGCCAGCUCCUACACAAGCAGGGAUGAAGGCAGGCAGAACCGUGGAGAUAAUUCUUUGCUUAGCUGGUUUCAAGAAUGUGAAAUCAAAGGUUGUUGGCUCAAGGAAUCCCCAUAACACUGUGAAGGCUGUCUUCAAGGCUUUAAAUGCGAUUGAAACUCCCAAAGACGUUCAAGAAAAGUUUGGCCGAACUGUGGUUGAAUCAUAUCUACUGUGAUGGGUAUGAUUUGACCUUUUUUUCUUGGUGGGAACACAUUUGAAUGCACUUAGAUGUGAUGCCUAAUGAGUUCGCGAAGGACCCGUGUAGGACUUCGUAGUGCUUAAAUUUGAUUAAUUGCACUAUUUUCAUUGAACUCGUUGUGCCUGAUAUGAUUAUCUCGUUUGUCCAAUUCCUCAGAGGUUUGUCAAAGAAGCAGUUUUGUCAUUGAUAGAUUAAUCUCUCGGGCUAUUAGGGACGGCCAAGCUGUAACUUUCUGGAUCGAGCAAAGUGAGCAUCGCUCGAACCACUUGCCUUCGUUUUGAAUCGUAGAUUAAUAAAAUUGCUCGAGACCCAUCAUCUUUCUUGAUGCAAAUGACAUGACCCUACAAUUACAAUGCGUAGAGAGGAGGAGAUGUAUGGAAUGAUAUGUAAUUCGUAUUUUAGGUUAUGAAGAUGUUAUUAUUUUGAAUAUUGGUUCACACUUCAUAUAAAGUAGUAGGAGCUGUUUCAUUUGCUUUAAUGGAUUUGUAAUGGAUUUACUGA